CAUACCGGAAACGGAAAGGGGAUGGUUUAGUUAUAUUAUAGUUCAAUGGUUUUAAUGUAUUAUGUUAGCUAAGCGAUAGGCUCACUAUAUGUACUCACAAUAUGUUGUAAGGAGAGUAGUUAUUGUCUUACAUAUUGAGCAAACUACUUGGUAACCGCUAUAUAUGGCAUGUAAGCGAUUCAUUGAGAUAGUGGUCAAAAACGGUUAGUUGAUAUACGGGAACCUUUAUAUAGCAAGCGACAUAGCCGAUACCUAGCUAACGUAGCUAACUUAGCCAGCUAGCAUUUUAGGUCUAACUAGCACCCCAUCUAAAUUAACUCUAACGUUAGCUCGCAGACGACGAAGGUAAUAGUCUUGUUAAUGUAUUUGUUUUGAACUUUUUUCUUCUCUAUUUUAAUUUGAUCGACUGCCGUGGAAUUAGCUACGAAAUCAAUUGCGAAUUGUCACCUUUCAACCAUUUUACUCAGUUAUGAAUAUAACUAACGUUUAGUCUACCUACGACAAUUGGGGUACCAUUUCGUACAUUUUCCAUUUGUAACUUAUACACCGCAACUGGUCGGUCCUAUCGUCUGUCGUAUCCACGAUGGUGGAUAACCGUUAUGCCACUGCAAUUGUGAUCGGCUCCGUCCUGAGCUUGCUGGCGACAGUCUAUCUGUCAGUGGCAGUGGGCACACAGCAUUGGUAUCAAUACUCCAGCCCUCCUGCAGUCGGCGAAGCAAACGCAUCAGAUCUGCGCUCCUUGCAGGAUGAGUUCAUGGAAGAAGAUUUCGACGAGAAGGCGUACAGCGACAAGCUUUUCCGCCUCAACGGGACCAUGGGGCUCUGGUGGCGGUGUGUGCAAGUGCCAUCGUACUGGUACAAGGAGCCCGAUCCAAAAAUGGAGACCGAGUGUGUCGCCUUCACAUUGCGGCAGCAGUUCAUCCCCAAGUACAAAGAGCCAGGAAAUCACAAUAGUGGAGAGGAUCUGCUACGCACUUACCUAUGGAGGUGUCAGUUCCUGCUGCCGCUGGUCUCUCUGGGUCUGGUGCUCUUAGGAGGAAUGAUCGGUCUCUGUGGCUGCUUAUGCCGCAGCUUCACACCCACGCUAGGUGUCGGUGUGCUUCAUCUGCUGGCUGGUAUGUGCACCCUUGCCACAGUGUGCUGCUAUCUGGCUGGGACGGACCUGCUGCAUCGUGUUUCGGUUUUGCCUGGGGGGGUCGACGGGUCGUUGGGCUGGUCUCUCUACCUGGCUCUCAUCUCCUCCCCCCUGCACAUGAUGGCUGCCGCCCUGCUGGUGUGGGCAGCGCGCAGCCACCGGAAGAACUACUACCGCAUGACCGCGUACAGAGUGGCGUAGGGACAUGCUACAGCACGACUGCGUACAGGGUGGCGUAGGGAUACGCGCUGAGACCCGCUUAGGCACAGUUCACCUGCUGGUAACAACAACUUCAGGCGGGGCGUGGCAGGGGUAGGGGGUAGUCAAAACUUGUCAAAGAAUCCUUUUAUGAAUCUUAACGUACCACUAGAUGGAAAAGUCAUUCUCUGUGAGAAUGUAAUUUCCAAGCCUGGAAAUCUGUAUGAGGAGGAUGAGUUUUUAUUUUUUAUUUUUAUUUUUAUUUUUUUCUGGAGUUCUGAAGGAGAGAGAACUUAACGGUCUGAUGUUUGUAUAUCCUUGCACAAGUUCAAUUAGCAUGCAUUUUGUUACAGUUACAAUUUAUUGGUUUAUUUUAGUGCACAUUUGUAUUUUAUUUGAACUGUAUUUUUAUUUUAUCGAUGUGUGUCUAGGUUUGGAGUUAGUUUUAGUAUUUUAGUUUAUGAAUUGCGUUUUAUACAUUACAGUUUCUCGGUUCAGUGGUCAUAUGUUACUGCCAAAUUAUAACUAUAAUUGUUCAUUGGUUUGCAGUGUCCCCUAAUUCUGAUCCUGUAUUUAGUUUCCUUUUUUGGUUUGUAUUUGGACUUGAGUCUAAUUGGAAUGUGUAAAGUUUCCUGGACAGGUUUGACAUUAGAUUAAAUAUAAAUUUAACCACUGCUAACUUGUAACACUUAAGAUUCCUUAGUCGAACCAAGGAAAUAUAAACCCACUGUAUUGCUUAUGGCUUUUAAACACAAGGCUUCAAUGAUUGUAACACAUGGGGGAAACAAACAUAUACAUAAAUUAUGAUUUUCAUAAGUCCUGUAAAAAUGUUCACAGUGUAGCCUUCCCUUCUAGAUUGUAUUGUGGAGGACCAAUGUAAUGUUUAUCAACACACUUCCACUGAAAUACAACUACUGAAAAACUCGUAAACCACUGUGCAUAAUGUACUGAAUAUAAUUUGAGAGGGAAGGGGUAUUAACGGGAAGGAUUGUAUGUCAGCAUUGUAUAUAAUUGUGAUGUUUGCAUGUGAGAAUAAAUGUCACAUACAUCCCUCA